UUGUGGUUUCGGUUGUUUUUUGUUUGGCUAUAAGAAAAUCGUGUCGCGUCGCGUCGCAACGAAGGAAACGGGAAAGGCGCUCGGAAAAUCUGCACAGACGGACUGAGCAAAACUAACGGUUGAAACGCCGAUUUCUAACUGUUGUCUGAUCAUAAAAUAAGAGUGCGAAAAGUGUGCGAUUAAAUCAAAAUUGCCGAAAUGCGAGCGGCGGCGAAAAGUGUCGAAUUCGAAGCGAAUAGCGAAUAAUUUUAUGCAAUUUUCCGGGGCAAUCGGAAAAUUAAGCGUCUGUCUGCCAGGCCAAUGUGUGUGUGUGCUUGUGUGCCCGUGUCCGUGUCCGUGAGUGUAGAGCAAAAAUAACAACAGCACGACGGCCAGGAUCAACGGUGCCGCUCCAGGGUAGUUUGUGCUGGAACAAAGCCCAACAUCAACACAGUCCGCGAAGGAGGAGGCGCAGGAACACGGAAAGGAGGAAUAGCGCGAGAAGGGGCGAAAGGCAGAACGGGAGAACACACCCCACCACAUACAAAUACACACACUCUCGUACACCCGCUCCUUUGUGUGUGCGCUUUUGCCGCCUGGAAUGCAAUGCUACAACAACAACGAGAGGACGGGAAGCAGGGGAGGAAACGCUUAAUUGUUUGCAGCAUCAUCGACGGCCGAAAAAAUCAAACAAACGAUUGCAUUUAAGACGCCUCGCUCUGGGAUAUUUCAUUCUUCCACGCUGAGCAGCAGAUGCACGACUUUCAAGCGGCCGAAAGUGCAUUAUCACUCAACGCAACUCAAUGCAAAAACGAUUUUUGAAUUGACUUGGUUUUUCCAAUUAAAAUGAAACUGAAGUAGAAAUCACAUUGAUAGUAUCACACCGAGCAAUUUCGCUAUUAACGAAACCCAAUCGAUAUCUAAACUGUAGCCGUAAACAAUAAGGAAACAUGGAUCUAAGUCUGGAACGCGAUAGCUCCGCGCUGGGUAGUCUGUUCCAACAGAUUAUCAAUGACAUGAAGAAUACUUCGCCGUUGUGGGAGGAUUUCGUAGCAAAGGCCGGAAAACUGCACACAUGCUUGAGGGCCGCCAUCCAAGCAAUCGCCGCCUAUUUGGAUGCCUUCCAGAAGAUAGCCGAUGCGGCGACCAACUCCAGAGGCGCCUCCAAAGAGAUUGGCACCGCUCUAACCCGCGUCUGCCUGCGCCACAAGGCGGUCGAGACGCGUCUGAAGACCUUUACCAGCGCCAUCAUGGAUUGCCUAGUGCAGCCACUGCAGGACAGGAUCGAGGACUGGAAGCGAUCGGUGGCCACCAUCGACAAAGACCAUGCCAAAGAAUACAAGCGCUGCCGCACUGAGCUAAAGAAGCGCUCCAGUGACACUCUGCGCCUGCAAAAGAAGGCGCGCAAGGGCCAGACGGACGGACUACAGUCGCUGAUGGACUCCCACAUGCAGGAUGUCACCCAGCGGCGGGCCGAGCUGGAGGAGGUAGAGAAGAAGUCACUGCGCGCGGCCAUGGUGGAGGAGCGACUGCGUUACUGCAGCUUCGUGCACAUGCUGCAGCCGGUGGUGCACGAGGAGUGUGAGGUCAUGUACGAAUUGGGUCAUCUUCAGGAGGCCAUGCAGUCGAUCGCUCUGGUAACCAAGGAGCCCAGUGUUCUGCCCCAGGCCUCCGAAGAGCUAAUCCACGAUGCCAAGGCCAGUAUCAAUCUGUACCCGGAGUCUCCGGGAGGCGGUUCCGGCUCUCAGGGCGGCGGAUGCUCCAACUCGCUGGGCUCCCGAAAAAGUUCCGUGUGCUCCAUCAGCAGCAUGAACAGCAGCGGCUCCAGCAAUUCUCCUGGCCAUCACCACUAUCCACGCUCUCUGUCGCAGUUUGUAACGCCUGCAAUUCGCUUGAAACCUGGUGAAUCCAGUGAUAGUGGCUUUAGCUCAUCGCCAGCUCUAACAACAACACAGACUUCAAAUGCAACGAACCAGACUGCUAAUGUCUCCACUUGGCCGCCACAUUCCCAGGACGUGGUUGACACCCUCCCACCGACUGCCGACCGUCCGCACACCAUUUCGACGGCUUAUGAGAAGGGUCACCAGCGUCCUCCGCUGACCGUCUACACGUUCCAGAACCCGGAGACCAUUCCCGAGUCUGGCACCGGCCUUAACAACGGAUCACCUGCCAAUGGACAGCCGUCGCCGGGACAGACUACUCCGGCUACUCAGAAGUCACCGGCUGCCUCUCUCAGUCGUCCGCCGUUGCCAGUUCGCUGUUCGUCGCUGGAGCGACCGCUGUCGGCGCAAAGCAAUCAUCGCCAGGGAAGCGGAAGCAAUCUGCUGCAGCGUCAGUGCCCCUCACCGAUUCCAGCUCAUAUCACGAAAGAGCUGUCCGCAGCGCAUCACGCACAGCAGCAGCAGCAGCAGCAGCAGCCACAGCAUCAGCCGCCACAGACACCGCCCACCUAUGUCAACAUGUCCGAACUGGCCAACAUGGCGGCUUUGAAGUUGACUAACCACCAGCAACAGCAGCAGCAGCAGCAACAGCAAAAGUCCGCACCACCGCCACUGCGGCAGCAGAGCUCCAUCGACUCGAUCAGUUCGCAGCAUUCCAACGACUCCUCGGGCUCGCAUCAGCUGCUUCAGCAGCAGCCGCCGCACUUGCAGCAACAGCAGUCAUCGCAGUCGAAUCACCACUCCGCCACAGCCACACGCUCCCAUUCCAUAUCCUCGACGGCCUCCUCGCUGCACUCGCACCCGUCGAUCGACUCGACGGUCGCUUGCAGCUCGCUGGUGGGCCAGCACCACCACAGCACCAGCACCAACACGAACACCACCUCGCCGUCCAGUGGCAGCUCCACGCCACAGAACCAUUACUCGCCCCUGCUAACCAACUCCCCCACGUCCACUGCCGCAGGUACUCCCAGCGGCAGCAGCAUUGGCACAGGCACCGGCCUGGGAUUCGUCUACCAGGUCAGCUCGCCCACUCCGCCGUCAAGUGAGGUUCUAAAGAUCACCGAGCAGACGGCAGCUGGCAAUGGUUCAUCUGGCCAGGGGUCAGCGGACAAAGGAGCCGAGGAAACGGACGAGCGUUCGCGGGCCUCGGUUCUGCAAAAGGCAUCCAUGUUCGAGAAGGCGGCAGCAGCAGCUAUUUCGCCACCAGCUCCGAUUCCGGUGGCGGCUCCGGCACCUGUAAUGGCUGCACCAGCUGUCCCAGUAGGCGGAGCAAGCGGAGGACGACGCUCCGAGGCGGAGCAGCAGGAAAUGGACAAGUCUUUCGAAGAUUCAAUACAAGCACUAAAUAAUUUAAUUGGCGAACUAGACUCGUUCCAACGCGAGAUCGAUGAGGGCAAGGGCAAGCAGCAGCAGAUGAGCAACAUAAGCAACAACAAUAUGACAACGAGCAGCCAGAGCAGCAGCGACAACAACAACCUGCCCGCCGCCACCAUCAUUAGCACCACCACCACCACCACCAGUGGCCUCAUCGAGCCGUGCGCCAUCAGCAAUCAGACAAACUCCAGCGGAUGCGGCACGGACAUAUCGGACACCACCUCCGACGAACUGGCAGCGGACGGCGACGAUGGUGAUGCCAGGCGGCGGGAUCUCGACCGGGACCGGGACCGGGACCUUCUGGGAGCCAGUGAUUCGGAGUUGAGUCGCUGCUAUGUGAGCGAGACGAGUUCGCUGACCGGCGGCCUGACGGCCGGGGGCUACGAGAACCCCACAUUCGCGCACUUCGUGGCCAAUGCGAACCGAGGCGAGGAUGCCGUUUCGCUGUCCUCGGACAGCGUCUGCCUGGGGCAGCCUCGGCACGCCUACGUGGACACCUGCAGUGACAGCGGCAGUGCCGUUGUGGUGAUCUACGACCACCAGAUUCCCAUUACGCCGGACAUCGAGUUCGUGAAGCAGAACUCGGAGAUUGUCAUGCUGCGCACCAAGGAUCCGCAGCCACAUUCGCUGCAGCUGCACGAGAUGCGUGAGCUGCAGCAGUUGCCGGCCAAUUUGGCCGGAUCGCCGGACUCAUCGCCGGACUCGGCCGGCGGCCAGGCCCCGCCGCCGCCGGCGACAGCAACUGUGGCGCCCGCCAAGCAGCGACUCUCUUCGUUUCGCGCCACCAGCGAGCAGCAAUUGCAGCUCCUCGGACGCGGCAGUCCGCAAAGAGGUAAAGUCGCACCCACUGAGCAGGCACCACAGAGAGGGUCACAGAAACAGCCCUCCGCAGGGUCCCCGCUGACGCAGCACCAGUCCAGUGAUACCGAUGGCCACGGCCAGCAGCCUGUAGAUCCUGCGAGACGGCAGUUGCCGCCCAAGCCGACCAGCUUAAGCCUUUUCAAUGGCCCCCUCGCUCCCAGUGCGGGCGAUAGGCCCCUGGUGCCCCGCAAAUCGGACUUCAAGUCCGACUUAGAUGCGAAAAUUCGCAGGCAAAAGCAGAAGGUUCAACAGCAAUUGCAGCAGCAACAGCAACAGCAACAGCAGCAGCAGCAGCAACAGGCGGCACAACAACAAAAGCUACACUCACCACAGUCGCCCCAAACCAGAAACUGUAAUGUCACUAAUAAACCAGCCAAAGCCAAUGUUACAGCAUCCGCACCUGCAUCACCGGCAUCCGCAUCUGCAUCAGUAUCAGACCCGUAUCCAAACCAGACUCAUAGAAUGCCAAACCAAAACCAGACGACGCCCACCAUAAUGGCAGAAGCCAACCCGUCAUUGUUAUCACCAUCACCACCUCGCGGCCACUUGCCAUUAUCAUCAUCAUCGUCGUCGUCAUCGCAAUCAUUUCCAUUGCCAGCAGCCACACUGUCAUCACCAUCAUCAAACGCUCUGCCAUCGAUGUUGCCCGCCAGUGACCGACCACCACCGCCUCCCGCCCAUCCAUACACGUGCUCCAAUGCCCCAGCCAAUCCAAUCCAUCUCGCCAAUAGCAAUACCAAUGCCAAUGCCAAUGCCAAUGCCCAUCUCAAGCCGUGCAUUACGCCCCGGCCGGCCUCGUUGUCGGGAGGAGCAGCCGGCGGUGGAGGUACGCGAAUUGCACGGCGUUCGUCCAUCAACCAGGCCAAGCCACCGCCGCCAGUAAGACGCAGCUCAUCGGUGACACCCAGUCCCGCCUCAGUGGGGCACUUGAAUCUGCAGCAGCAACACCAACAGCAGCAGCAGCAUAACUACCACCUAAGCAGCUCCAGCGAGCACUUGCCACCACCACCGGCGUUUAUGCUGGACGCCAUGGCCGCCCACUCUAUGCCCAACUCGCCGCCGCCAGCUGCGAUGCCUAGCUCGGCGCUGAAGGUGUCCGAGACGGUGAGAGCCCUGGCAGCCAUGCGCCACCAACCGGCCUCGCCAGUGUCACUUAGACGCAUGCAGCAACAGCAGCAGCAGCAGCAGCAGCAACAACAUCUGCACCAGCAGCAAUAUCUGCAGCAGCAACAGCAACCUAUAUUGCAGUCCGUGCACAACUCCCCCCUGACCGAUGAUCUAAGCUAUGACGCCUACUAUGACUCCUACUUGGAUCUGCACGCCUAUGCUCAGCAGCAGCAGCAACAGCAGCUUCACCAUAGCCAACUGCAACCACACCAUCAGAAUCUGCAGCAGCCACUGCAGCCGCCUCUCUACCAAGCUCCGCCACCAGCCGAUGCCACGUUCCGCACUUCGUCACCAGCCGCUGGCGGAGGGGGCGGAGGCAUAUACGCCCAGCCCAAGCUGGUCAAUAGCAUGUCCAGCUUCCGCACCAGCAGCCCCAGUCCGAACGGACACGCUCACGCUCACCCACUGCCGCCGACGCAGCCCAAGGCGAACCCGAAUCUAAUUGCACAGCUCAAUGCACGACUCAACAGCAAGCAGCAGCACCAGCCUGGGGUCGAGGGGAUCUACGGCAAUCAGCAGCAGCACCAGCAGCAGCAGCCGCCUGGUGGAGCAGGAGGAGAGUCGAUCUAUAUGCGGAGUGGCUUGUCCAUGUCGCAGCCGCAACAGCAGCAACACAAUGACGCAGCUGCGCCCUCGCCGAACAUGCGACAGGCCCAUCCACAUCCGCAUCAGCAUCAACAGCAGCAGCACUAUACUUGCCCGCCUCCAUUGGAGGAUCCUCCGCCGCCGCCCAUCUACUCCGCCGGCUCUUCGGCCACAAUGCCCAAGAAAAUGGCCCGGCCCCAUGUUGGUCAAAAUGUGCCCCACUUGAGCGCAUAUGCAGCAGCCUCGGCGACGGCCACGCUGCCCAAGAAUAUGCUGCAGCAGCAACAGCGGCUACAUCAUCAGCAAUAUCAACAGCCGACAGGUAUGGGCAACGGCACUGGUGGUCAUGUUAGCAGUCAGCGUCCGCAGUUGCCGCUUCCCCAGCAAAAGCUGCGGGCUGCUCAGCAACAACAUUUGGCGGAACAGCAGCAGUUGCAGCAGCAGCAUCAGCAGCAGUUGCAGCAGCAACAUCAGCAGCAGCAGCAGCAACAUCAACGACAGCCACCCAUACCGUCGCGCCACUCGAGUGUGCAGCAAAAGAUAUUCGUCUCGACGAAUCCAUUCAUACAGACGACGGCCGUCAAGUUUCACUCGCCCUCGGCCUCGCCCACUUGCGGCUCGCCAGUGACUGGAUCUGGAUCUGGGUCCUUGGCCAGCAUUUACGCCACAACGGCGCGUGGCAGUCAUGCCCAGCAGCAACACUAUUAUCGUGAUGCCGCUGGUGGGGGCAAUGGCAAUGGCAGCAGCAACAGCAACGGCGGCGCUGCCUACUACAACCACAAUGCCCAUCAUGCCCAUGCCCAUGUCCCGACACAUCAUCCAAACUAUGCCACAAGCACAAAUAUCGAAAAGACUGGCAGCAUUCGGGCCAAGACCAAGGCCGAAUUCCUCGAGAAUCUCAACGCGAAACUGGCCAAGCAGGGAAUGUCUGGACGAGCAUUUGCCGUGCGAAAUCUCAUCAACAGCAAGGCCCUGCCGGACCCUCGCAUCUGUCACGAGUCGCUAAUGGAUCAAAUCAAGCGCGGCGCCACCUUGAAGCGUAACCAGAAGAUCAACGAUCGUAGCGCUCCAAAAAUACAUUAGGAACUAACCCUUAGCAUAUUUAUUAUCAUCAUUAUUAACCUAUGAAAGGUCAUGAGGGCCGAGUUUGGUUUGAAACUGAAAACUCGUAUACAUAACAUACGACCUAAAUACAUAUGAUAACAGCAUAUACAAUAUACGAUAUUUAACGAGCGAAUUAAGCUUAACUCGAACUAAUCAGUAAUAUACCUUUCUUAAUAUCCUGUAUCCCAAAAAUUAAUGCGAAAGGCUCUCUUUGUUAAGUGAAUCCAAAAGAAGAAGACAGUUGGUUAGCCCCCUUAUGUUUAUUUAUACAACUCGAAACUCGUAACUCGAAUUUAUCUUUAGUGAACACGUCUGUUUAAAGAUAUAUAUAUAUAUAUAUUAUGUUUAUGUAUUUACCAUAUUUAUAAUUUCCCUUGUUUAUGUACAUACAUAUGGAUAUGAUUUGAACAACCAAUCGAAACUAAUCUGACGCCUAAUAAAUGGAAUUUAUCUUA